AAGCGGUGAAAGCAAACAUCAACAAGAACGGAUUACUUCUUCAUUAUUUCAACAUUCACAUUUCAUUUACACCUUUUUCUAGUUAUCAUGAUUUACUAAAUAGAAUUAAUUUAUAAAUUUAAUAACAUUAACAGCACCUUAAAAUCCUCGUGUCUCGUUCGUACUGUGUUGAUAUUUUUGUUUUAUAGUUUUCAUCGUUCUUUUGUUAAAAUGCAAUUGUUUACCCAUUUACUCGGAUUUAUUAUACUUGGUCUGGUUUGUGUUUCCCUUGGUCAACCAGACGAUCCUUCUGAAAGCAAUAUUUUUCAAGAAGACGAAUCCUACUUUCUAGAAGAUGACUAUGGUACUGCACAUGGAGGAUCAGUUACAAAUUUUAUGUUACCGCCAUCGGAUUCAUCUACCCAAUUCCAGGGCGCUGAGACCUUUUCAAGGCCUGUUAUAAUUGUGAGUGGACGCAAUUUAAAGGAUCAAGUUGGUCUUAAAGAGAAGCGAAUUGUUGCAAGAAGUAAAUAUGACGAUGAAGAGGAUGAAGGUGAAGAAAGGCCAGUCAUUACUGAGACAAAGAAGAAGAGGAAAAGAGUUGACCAGCCAAUUUCAGCUUACGUCCCAACAGCCUAUGUGAUUGGGAAUCAAGGAGGUGGACAGCCAGUGAGUCGAAUAAGACAACCUGUUGAAAAAGACCAAGAAUAUGGAAUCAUGGUAGUUUCACCGAAACAGCCCAUCAAUGAAAACUAUCAAUUACUUAAUGCCGGAAAUUAUGGAGUAAACGAAGAAAUGCUCGAUAGAAACACCAUUCAAUUAUAUCAAGAGCCACAAAUCGUGGAAGCAUUGUCAGUUGAUGGACAAAACGAGAUUAAAGAAAUAACUGGCGAUGAUAAAGACGAUUCUUUGGAAGCGCAAAAGUCAAAGUUAACUCUUCUCUUCCUUGGUUAUGAGAAAUUCUGAUUUCAAUGACUACCUUAUAAAAGAGGAAACCAAAGUUUAAAGUAAAUUAUCGAAUGAAUCUAAUUCAUUCAAUUUAUGUUCAAAAGAUUGCCUAAAAGGCCAGUUCAUUACUUUUCGAUCGUUGAUUGUUCCCAAUCUAAUUGUCAGCAAAUUUUUACUUAAACUUUUUGUCCAAUUCGACGUUAAUUAUCUUGUAUUGAAUGCUUGUCUUUUUCAUCACCUCACCAUUAUAUGCGCCUCGCAUUGGUAUCAUUCAACUGUUACCAACAGCAAAAACUCCGAAACGAUUACAAUGAGUGGAGCAAAAAAAAGGAUGAACACAAAAACAAGCGAAAUUAGACAACAUUUUGAUUAAUCUGUUCAGCUUAAUCAUCAAAUAUUAAUUCGAAGCUUAAAUCAAGAUGAUUAUGAUGGCAAGUAAAUCACAAUCAUCUUCAUCUCACCUAAUUUUUUUACAAAUUCAAUUUUUAAUCUUUUUCUAAUUGUAAUUUUGACAAGUUUGCUCUUAUUUUCACUACAGUGUUUAAAGACAGUUUGAUUGUGAGAGUUAAAUUUCUUAAUUAAAAUUGGUUCUCAAUAAA